UGUGAAACGCAAUCCUAGCCCCUUGUCACAGACAUCAGUUAUUUUAAAACUUCAAACUCCGCCACCUCCAGACGAUCAUGGCAGGAGAAACUACGCUAAGAUCGACGAACCCAACUGACGGAUCUCACCUUUAAUUUAGGAAUAAAACUAAAACGAUCAACCGCCUCCUCGCGCCGAGUGUCAUCCAGGUUCAGCUGUUUGGUGUUCUUUCUCCGGUUGCGCGUCUCCAAUGUCUCUCCGGUAGGUCUUCCCGGAUCGUGUUACCCUGUAACCGGGGUUUCGUUGGGCUCUCAGUUCGUAGACCCGUCGUUCAGGAGCCGGCCGCCCCGCUGUAUAUCUACCUCUCGCAUGCCUGGUUCUCAGUCGCGGCUGCUCCCCGGCCGCCCACUGCUCUCUCUCGGAUUACUGCAGCUGGUUCUCGGCUGCUCCAUGGUCGCGCUCUCCUUCUCAGCUCUCUCCAUCAGCAGCUCGCCACCCAUCCGAAACUCAUGCCCUUUCUGGGUCGGAUCUUCAGUGAUCCUGUUAGGGAUCGUUGGCCUCACAACAUGGAGGAGACCCAUGCUGCUGCUGGUGAAUCUGUUUGUGCUGUUGUCAGUGGUGUGUGUUCUCCUCAACCUGGCCGGCUUCAUCCUCUGCUGUCAAGGGGCUCAGCUGGUCUCCACCAUGACCAACUGCCAACUGAGUGAGGUGGGAGAUGUGUGUAACUGCUGUCCUCAGACCCCCACUGCCAAGUGUCCUGAGGAAAAACUACUCAAACUCUACCCUGGACACUCUUGUAGUACCAUGAGGGUCCUGCUCAAGAAGGUUCUGUUUGCAUUAUGUGCUCUGAAUGCUCUGACCACUGCAGUGUGUCUGGUGGCUGCUGCCCUCCGAUACCUACAGAUCUUCACCACCAGAAGACCAUGCAUGGAUGAUCCCAGGCCAAUUGCAGAGGAGGGGGAGGAGCCAACUAUUAUGCCUGACCCGGAUGAGUUUGUCCCCCCAGCCCCUCCCCCCUCCUACUUUUCAACUUUCUACUCCUACACACCACGGCUGGCUCGCAGGAUGUUUGGGAACAGUGUGAUACCGCUACCUCAUAUCUAUGGUGCCAGGAUUAAAGGAGUAGAGGUGUUCUGUCCUUUAGACCCGCCCCCUCCCUACGAAGCUGUUAUUGGACGCUCCGCCCUGGCCACUGCAACACAGGAGACAGAGAUUCAGAUUCCCAUGACGGACCUGACAGAGUUGACAGAAGAGUUGAAUAACAGCUCAGAGGCGGGUACUUCAAUUAGAGACGUUGGUCCCCAGACGACGGUUGUUCCAGUGCCCACGUCUCCGCCGUCUUACCCCUCUCCCCCAUCACCCCCCCUUUGCCAGGCCAGACCCCCCCAGGGUGCCCCGGUACCCCCCGUCAGGAGGUCUCAGCGCCAGAGGAUCAGGCGCUCCUGCAGUGACCCCGUACUAUUGGACCUGGCUGCCAAAGUAUUAAGUUGUGAGGCGGCCACGCAGACCACCGAGACUUCCACCCAGACUUCCCAGUCCGCCCUGGCCGCCCAGUCCUCUCGGACCCAGACAGUGACCCUCCGGCGGAGAGGUAAAGGCCCUCAGCGGCCCCGGCCCUCCUCCAUGGUGGACUACCAGAGCUACAUACACACCCAGGAGCUGGUCAGUAGGUUCCUGGAGCAGCCGGCCCACUGCAGCCUGACCCCUGAGGUCCAGGAACUGGUGGACAGCAUCCGCAGUGUGCUGCGCUCUGACCAGGAACACAUGGAGGAGGCCGUACGCUGUGCCAGCUACAUAGAACAGGUGAUCACAGUAUCAGAGAGAGCAGCAGCCCCAGCUCCAGCCCUCCCCCAGCCCCUGUCCCUCCCCAGGCCCCGCUCCAGACCAUGUGCCCCCCUGUUGGACUGUUCCUCCCAGACCCUGCCCCAGCCCCUCCGGAAGAGACCCGGACUGCUGCACCUCAGGAGCUGUGGGGACCUCAGCACCUUCACCUGGGUGGAACAGCAGCAACUAGAGGCCAGGCAGGGUGGUGGCUCUGGCUCCAGGUCCUGGUCUAAAGCUGGGUCUAGAGCGUGUUCUAGAGUGGGUUCUAUGUCGACGGCACGGGCGGGCUCACACCUGGAUCAUCACGAGCGCCCCCACAGUCUCAUAGGGGUGUUCAGGGAAACUGUGCUCUGAUGGAACCCUGUUAUCCCACCUCAAAACCUCCCUAGCAGAGACAAAAUGGUAUGGUCCACUGGGGGAAAUCAGCCCAUUGACUCCAAGGGAAGUGCGCCUACUAGUGGUGAGGUUUGGGACUGCCACUGCUAAAGCUAGUGGAGAAAAGCCAUUCUAAAGAACUCUGAAACAGAGUCCCACAGACUGCAAGUACUAGCCUUUGGAAAGGCUGCGUGUGAGUGUGUGCCUAAGUUGUGUAUGAGAGUGAGUCUGUAUGUUUGUACAUGUAGGUUGGGGUAAAGUGGCUAUGCA